ACACUCGUUAUUACCACACGACCACACAUCACCGCUUUUUUAGAUAUUCCUACUUGAACUAGUUCGGAGUCACUCUCCCACAUCGACAAAGUUAUACACCAAUACAUUCGAACCAACGAAUACGCAAGCUCUCUACGAUGAUCGGACUCUUGCAAUACCUCGCCGCUUCUCCCCUUAUCUUGGGGUCGAUGUUGAUGGCUUCUAUCCCGAGCGCCGAAGCCGCCUCGCUCUCUCACCCCGCCCGAUCCCACAACUCCCACAACCACCUCGCCCGUCGACUCCAAAAGACCGGUCUUCAGAACAGGUCCGACUCGGAAGUCAGGGCCGUCAAGGCCGACGCCAAGAGGCGGGUCAAGAAGAGGGCUCCUGGGAGCGGAGGGAAGACUUGUCGGAUCAGGCAACAAGGGGGUGGAGUUAGCAGUUUGGCUAGUGCCAGUGCCAGUGCGACCGCUUCUGUCACCGAAGUCGCCAGUGCCAGUGCUACUGCCAGUGUUACCGACGCUGCUACCGCCGCCGCUUCGACCCCGGUUCAAGAGACCGCUGCUGCGACUACCGACGCCUGGACCUCUGCUGCUGCCGAGUCCACUCAAGCUCAAGAGACCUGGGCUUCGUCCACCUGGGUCGAGCCCACCGCAGCCUCCUCCUCGGUCUGGGUUCAACCUUCCGCCACGGCCGCUGCUCCUACUACUGGAGCUGCUGGAUCUGGAGGGUGGUUGAACGCGGGAAGCAAGGUCGGGUUGUGUUGGCCUAACGGCGAUUGGUCUGAACCCGGUGCGGUCGACUAUGUCGGAAACUUUAUCGGAAGUACCGUCAGUUUCAUGUAUGAUUGGCAUUACCAGGGAUGCAAGAAGGCCUCCGACCUCGGUAUCGAAUACGUGCCCAUGAUGUGGGGUGCCAAGGACGCCGUCCCCGCCUUUUACGAAGCCCAAGCCAACUGGCCCGAGACGACCAAACACGUCCUCUUCUUCAACGAGCCCAACGACCCGGGUCAGUCCAACAUCUCCCCCGAGGGAGCCGUCCAGUUCUGGAAACAGUACAUGAGCCCGUUGAAGGCCCAGGGGUACUUGAUCGGGAUGGCCGCUACGACCAGCGCGCCGAGCGGGUUGGAAUGGGUCUUGAAGUUCAAAGAGGUCUGUCCCGAGUGUUGGGCCGAGACCGACUUUGUGCCCUUGCACUACUACGACGUUAGCACCGACCACUUCAAGCAAUACGUCACCAACUACCACGAUGCCGUCCAGAAGCCCAUCUGGAUCACCGAGUACGCCUGUCAAAACUUUAACGGUGGCGCCCAGUGUUCUUGGGACGAGACGAUGAACUUCCACUACGAGAUGGCUUCCUGGUUCAACGAGCAGAGUUGGGUCGAGAGGUACAGUCCGUUUGGUGCGAUGAAGAACAUGCAAGGUGUUCAGGAGGCCAACCGUCUCAUGGACGCUGGUGGUGCCAUCACUCCUCUCGGAGCUUGGUACGCCCACAGCGCCUGAGCGGGUCGAUGAAUGCUUUGGGUCUCGUUUUCCGUGCCAGCACGAACGUUUUCUCCAUGACUCGAGCCUGUCUAGUUUCACU